UCGGUGUGGACCAACUGGGGAAAAAUCAGAAAGCAAGAAAGAAAAACAUUCAGCUUAGCAAAGCAAAGAAGGUGAGUGAGUGAGAGCGCGAAGCAAAGCCUUGGAAACAGCACAGGCAAGUUUAACAAUGGGAGCGCGCAAGAGACUCUCUUCUGCUGCAAAUAGCAAACCCGAUGAAUAACCCAUUCUCGCAGACCCUCCCAAAUGGGCUCUCCUUUUGAACCUCUCGUUCUUCUCCCUCCCUUACUUAUACCUCCUCUGCCUCCACUUCGCCAUCGAAUUUUUUUUGGCCUGAUUCAUUAGGCUUAGUUGUUGGUAUUGUCUUCUUGGUUGUGGCAAUCUUGUUUCACUAUUUUAACUUCACAGCUGAUUCAAAUAAAAUUACUACUCCCAUCAAUUGCUGCACGUCCUUUGUUGAUGGUACAUGCUGGACACAACUAUGGAGUCUAUAGUUAUACCAAAGCCACUUGUCCUACACAUUGGGAUAGAGGUUUUGGAUCUCGGAUGGAUAUAUAAACUAUAUAUUGGCUGUUUUCUGCACAAAUUCCAUAAAUAUACAUGCUGCAAUUAAUGGCCUUGAAGUUGACCAGACAGUAGUUAUCUCAUCAGCUGUAAGCCUAUCCUGAUACACAAUAUUAUGCAAAUUGCAGCAUCAACUGAUCCUGAAUAUAAGCAAAAACAUGCAUUCUCUAUCCUGAAUAUUUUUGUUUAUUCAAUUUUAUUCAAGUUUUCAUUUGCCCAUAUAUUUAAGGCCAUUUGGCCAGAGAUGCUCCAUCAUUCUUGAAGUGCCUUUUUAUUCAAAUUAAGACAGCACCAAACCUAUAAAAGUAGUUCCAUUUCAUUAAACAAAACUAUAAUGUGGCAUGCAAAUGAAAAGGACAACCUAAACCUUUUCCUCCGUCCCGGCCUUCUCCAUCACCCUUUAUUCUUGGCUUGAAACAGAACCCUCUAGUUCAAGGCGAAGAGAACACUCACGAGAACGAGCAAGGUUUCUACCUUUUCUUUAGUUUUCUUCAACUAUACCAUUAUCAACAAAUCAAUAACACUCGCAACUCCCACAUUUCCUUACCUCUUAUUCCUCGUCUUAUGCUUAGUUUUCUUCAACUUUACCAUUACUAACGACAAAUAACAAACACAAUCAUCUAAAUUUUUUUUCUCAUUUUCCUCUCUACAAUGAAUCACUCCAAACUAAAUGAUACAAGCAUUGACAUUGAACCCUCCAAUAGAAGAGUUUCCUUUGCUGAAAACCACCCAAAUGAAGAACCACCCCAUCAUCAGCACCAAACCAAUUGUAACAGCAGUGUUCCCUUGCUCCUGCAGCCAUCAUAUGCGAGAUCAAAGUCCAUGAUCUUCGAUGAACUGCGAAACUUUCGCAUGAGCCUCAAGUGGUGUGCCCUUGACCACUCUUCAUGCGUUGGAAAACUCAUCUCCUAUAUCACUUUCAUCUUCUUCACCAUCAUUGUUCCUCUUGUCACAUCCAUUUUUGUUCAAGUCCCUGCCUCCUCCCCAGAAGAUGACCCCGUCUCCUUCAACAAGCUUGUUCAACUCCCUGAAUCUGGCCUUGCCAUUAUUGCCUUCUUCACUCUCUCCAGUUUCUUCAGAAGGUAUGGGCUUCGACAGCUUCUGUUUCUAGACGCAUUGCAAGAAGACACGAGCUACGUGAAACGCGGGUACACACGGGAGCUAGAGAAGGCCUUCAGAUACUUGACAUACAUAAUGCUACCCUCCUUCUUGGUGGAGCUGGCGCACAAGAUCAUAUUCUUCUCAGCGGUUAAGGUUUCGUUGCCACACACGAGGUCGGGGUUGCCGGUGAACUCGAUAGCGUUCGUGUUGGUGUUGGUGUCGUGGGUGUACAGAACGGGGGUGUUCCUGCUGGUGUGCGUGCUGUUCAGGCUCACGUGCGAGCUCCAGAAGCUGAGGUUCGAAGGGGUCCACAAGCUGUUCGAAGGGUGCGGGUCUGAGGCUGGGGAGAUAUUCAAAGAGCACGUCAGGAUUAGGAGACAGUUGUGGGUUACCAGUCAUAGGUAUCGCUUCUUUAUUAUUGGCUGUGUUGUUACCAUCACUGUUAGUCAGCUUGGUGCUCUCUUGCUCGUUUUGGCUUCCAAGGCUCACAAGACUUUCUUCAAUUCUGGUGACCUUCUGAUUUGUUCAGCAGUGCAGUUAAGUGGGUUCUUCUUGUGCAUUUUGGGUGCAGCGAGAAUCACACACAGAGCUCAAGGAAUAGUGGCAAUGGCCACACGAUGGCACAUGCUGGUGACUACUGCAUCUGCUGAAUCAGAGCACUGCAAAACUCAAGUUUCUGAGGGGCUAGCAAGUGACAGUGAUUCUGAGGAUUCCUCCAACAUACACAUCUCAGUAAUUCCACCACAAGUUUCUUCUUUCCUAACCAGACAAACUUUAGUGACGUAUUUGCAACACAAUCACAGGGGAAUUACAGUGUAUGGGUAUUCACUUGAUCGAGGAUUUCUUCAUACUUUGUUUGCCUUCGAAUUUUCUCUUGUGCUUUGGAUUCUGAGUAGGGUCGUUGUCUUGUCCUAACCUGCCUCUUUGGUUUUGUAAGUCCUAGAAAAGGCUUUGCAUGAACAACCUCCUUUCUUUUGUAAUUAUUAUUUUUCAAAUUACGUCCUAUUUAUGAUGUUGCUAAAGAAGUUUUUUUGUAGAAAAAUUAUUCUUUAGUUUUGUAGAAUUGAAACAUUUGGCCAUCAAGUUCACCUCUAAGAAAAAAAAAAUUGGCAUGAUAAAGAAGGCCAAAUAUGUUGUUGAUAUGAUAAUAGUUGUUUGUAUUUUUAAAUUUAUAUAUUAUAAAUGAAUAAAUAGAAUUUUUU